CUGUCUCAAUGGAUCACAAACUUUACUCAGACCAAUUUUUUGUCUUUUGCUUGUCUUGCCUUGAAAGCAUAAAAAGCUAGACCAAGUUGCAUACUGACAAAACCCAUCAAUUUGUGCUAGAAUCAUUAUCCUCACCAUAUCAAACAGUGUGUUGGCACACGUCAGAGAAACAGCCUCUUUAAAUUCCACAAAAAAUUGUCAAUCAAUCCAUAGUGGAAGUUCUGUACCCGAGAUUUGACUAAUUGAUUAAUACCUUACUUAAAGAGCAGGCUCGAAUUCCCUACCCAAUUAUAAAUACCCAUAGCGGAAGUUCUACUAACAAGUAUAGCUAUGGCUAAUGCUACUACUCUUGGCUUUUACGAAGUCAUAACUUUUUGCCUCUUCUUUAGCUUUGUGGUAGUAGUUACUCAGUCAGCUCCUGAGAACGCUCUGGUCACUCAGCUUCCUGGUUUUGCUGGCACUUUCCUUUCGAAGCACUAUUCCGGGUAUGUGAAUAUUGAUCAAAGUCAUGGAAAGAAUCUGUUUUACUAUUUUGUGGAAUCUGAAAGGAAGCCAUCGGAGGAUCCAGUGGUUCUUUGGCUCAAUGGUGGACCUGGAUGCUCUAGCUUUGACGGUUUUGUUUAUGAGCAUGGUCCUUUCAAUUUUGAAGCAGCGAAGACAAGUGGAAGUUUGCCCCAACUGCAUCUCAAUCUUUAUAGUUGGUCCAAGGUCUCCAACAUUAUAUAUUUAGAUUCUCCUGUUGGGGUUGGGCUUUCUUAUUCAAAGAAUCAAAGUGAUUAUGUAACUGGUGACCUACAGACUGCCACUGACACGCAUGCAUUUCUUCUCAAGUGGUUUCAGCUAUAUCCCGAGUUCCUCUCAAACCCCUUUUUUAUUGCUGGAGAGUCAUAUGCUGGAGUAUAUGUGCCUACUCUUUCUUAUGAAGUGGUGAAAGGAAUUGAUGCUGGUGCAAAGCCUGUUAUCAAUUUCAAGGGAUAUUUGGUGGGAAAUGGAGUUACAGAUGAUGAAUUUGAUGGCGAUGCUCUUGUUCCAUUUGCACAUGGGAUGGGCCUGAUUUCAGAUGACUUAUAUGAGGAGGUUAAAAAUGAGUGCCGGGAUAAUUUCUAUAGCCCACUCAGUGACACUUGUGAAAGCAAACUACAAAAAGUUGAUGAGGACAUAAGAGGUUUAAACGUGUAUAACAUUCUUGAACCCUGUUAUCAUGAGCCAGAAACACCUGAGACUGCAGAUGUUAAGAUUAGACUACCUUCCAGCUUCAGGAAGUUAGGUGAGACUGACAGGCCACUUGCUGUAAGGAAGAGGAUGUUUGGUCGUGCCUGGCCUCUUAGAGCUCCUGUAAGAGAUGGAAUUGUUCCAACAUGGCCACAACUCCUCAAUAGCCAAAGUAUUCCAUGCACUGAUGAUGAAAUAGCAACAAAAUGGCUGAAUGAUGCAGCAGUUAGGAAAGCAAUUCAUGCUGAAGAGGAGACUGUGAUCGGUACAUGGCAGUUAUGUACCGACAAUAUCUUAUAUGAUCAUGAUGCUGGUAGCAUGAUCAAGUAUCACAAGAAUCUAACUUCUGCGGGAUAUCGGGCACUCAUAUUCAGUGGGGAUCAUGAUAUGUGUGUUCCAUUCACUGGGAGUCAAGCCUGGACUAGAUCAAUUGGAUAUGAGAUAGUGGAUGAAUGGAGGCCAUGGACUUCCCAUGGACAAGUUGCUGGGUAUUUACAAGGUUAUGAGAACAACCUGACCUUUUUAACCAUAAAGGGAGCUGGGCAUACUGUCCCAGAAUAUAAACCUCGAGAGGCAUUGGAUUUUUACAGCAGAUUCCUGGCAGGGAAACCUAUAUGAAAGGCAUUUUAUGAGCUUGACCUUUGUUUGUGUCUCUUCUUCUUGACAUGAAAAGGAGGAAUACAAAUGGCUUAUACACGAGUACAGAAAUGAAAUAAUUUAAGGGGAGAUAUCAAAGCAAUUUGUGUUGUAUGAGUUUGUAAUAUUUAUAUUAUUGGAUCUUUAUUUGGUGAUGAUAAUCAUAGCCUUCUUUUCUUC